AUGAGACCCUCGUGCCGACUCCUCGCUCAAGCCUCGUCGGCCGGCUCGACCAAUGCCGGCCUGCGGCCGGCGCUGGCCCUGCUGCCGCCCAUCCCGCUGUACCGGCGGCUGUUUCGCGCGCACCGCAAGCACCUGCCCGCCGAGAUGCGGCUCCUGGGCGACGAGUACAUCAAGGCCGAGUUUCGGAGUCAUCGGGAGACGGAGAAUCCUGCGCAUAUUAUUGGUUUCUUGACCGAGUGGCAGUUGUAUGCUCAAAAGAUUGAGGGCGACGCGUGGCAGGGCGAAAAGAUUGACCCGGCCAAGAUUGAAAAGAUGAGUGAUCAGCAGAUGGGACAGCUUUAUGAGCUGAUGCAGGCUAUACGGAAACACUCUGCCGAUGAGGGAGAGGGCGAGGCAUGA